CAGACAGUUUUCCUUAACUGAUUUACUGAGUAGAACAUCUUGUUUUAGUUUGUAAAAUAUUUUAAAGGCUUUCAUUCUGAAAUUCCACAGUGAACUAUUCUGGAAAUUCAGAGACUGUGAAAUUCAUAUGGUGUUUAGAAUGAUAGUGUUGGUUUUUUUUAAAGCGACGGCAAACCACGUUUUGUCGACACAUUUUUCAGUUCUUCCAGUUAGAGAAACCUCAUUACUGUAAUAACGUACAUAUACGCACAGGAGGAAAUAACGUGGCGGCUGGCUUGACUGUGAUUUCUGAAGUGGCGGCUGGCUUGACCGUAGACGUAACAGCAGGGGUUACGCCUUUGUUUCUUUGCUCUACUUUGAAGUAGACUACUACCUUGGUUUACCUUCACAUUUGUGCUUCAGCUCUCAUCACUAACAUGUGUUGCCAAAGCUCUCUCAAAGACUAGGCUUCCUUUCAAAGGGAAAACCUCCUGGACCGCAGCUUACCUGGCAGAGUAGUAAUACCUGUGUCAUGUUGCUACGAAAUCCAGGAUUUACUGUAAGCUGCCUUAUCAUUCUGAACUCGCUGACUUGAAUGGCUGUGUUUUAUUAGGGAUGCUAAGCCGUAAUAUGAUGUAACGGGCGUGUCUACUGCCAGUCAUUCCUCUCUGAGCAGCAUCUGUUUCUUGUGCCCCUAUAAAUUGAGUACUUUUCAGGCAAGAAAUAUGGUAUUAGAAACCUAGGAAUCAAAUUCAACCUGACAAUAUUGCAAAUCUGUUUCCUCCCAGUGAGAGCUGGUUCCUAGAGGCCAGCUACGUUUCGUCUUGAGGCAGCUCUGACAUUUCCUGGAGCAGGAAAAUAAUCUGUCUGUUGGGGAAGGAAGACAGAUUUGCAGCACAGCCUCAGGUCCUUGAGUAUGUCCUUGCAGCUUAUACUCCUCAGCGCCGCCUUCCACACAGGACACAUGCUGUUGCUUCAUUAUUUCAGGGCCUCCAUCUGAUCUGCUCUGGAAACAAAGGUUUAAUAUCCAGCUCUCACUGUCAGAGAGGAAGACAAGCAUCUUUAUUCCCACUGCAUUAUUCACUAAUGCAUGUAGCAGGAGUUUAAAUUGCUUUAUGUAUUUUGUAAAGUUCAUGACCUUUCCUCGUCUACUCUAAAGAACAUGUCACAACGGAAUAACCAGCAUCUCCAGUAUAUCAAUUAUAUUACAAAUUAAGCAAAACAGACUUGAUCCUUGCUUGAUCGCCUCUCAUUUUUGAAUUUAUCCCCCAGGGUUUGACAGGAUUUCAUCUAGCCAACAAGGAUACAGGACCUUAACAACAUACCGAGAAAUAGUCUAAUCCUUCUAGUGAUUUUAAAAAUGACAAUCCCCGAAACGUACCAUGUCCAUGAGUUCACUGUUCAAGAAUAUGGCUGGGAGGAUGAUUUCCCUCUUUCCACCACCCAAUUACAUUGGUAUAUAACUGAAAUUUUGUGUUCUACUGACAAACAUUGUCCAUGCUAAGAAAGGAUUGGAAAGAGGAUUUGUGAAGACUAUAACAGUGGAACCCCCUCCCCCUCCUCUCCUCAGUACACAGUUCACUGAGGAUUACAUCUCUGCAAUUGAAACUUGGCAGGACAUUCUCCACCCCCCAAAAUAUACCAUUUCAGAUCACACUGGCAAUCCGACUUUGUGCCAGCAGUGGCGACCGUUGCAGGGAUGUUUGAGACUAGCAGAGACACGGUGCAGAAGAUGAGAGAGUGGAGGUGAAAGCGUGAGGUCGGACAAACUGUAGGUAACACUUUUUGCGCUCCUCCUUGUCCGUUGGUGAAUAUGUGCGCCUGUAUCUCUACCUCUGGAGAAAAUGCCAUCCACUCCGCUGAUGGAUUAUAAUCAUCUCUGAUUGCAAUUGUCUCACUGAGUCAGACUGUUUGUAAAUGUGGCAUUUAUACCUCUGACAAGGAUUUGGCACUGCUGCGCUGCUCUCCAGAUGUGUUUAUAUACGAUUAAUGUUUAGAGAUAGUGGUGGUAGGUUUCUCUGUUGAGUAGAAACGUGUAAUGUUAUUGGACAGCAGACACAUUCUUAUUCGUUACUCUUUCUCCAUGUUCAAGGUGAUGAGUUGCCCUUGGAGGGGAAUUGGAUUGCUUCCAGAACAAUGCUGUGUUGUGUGUGCUGUACAUGAGCUAAAAUAGACUUUGAGUUAAUAAUUAUUUAGAGCUGACAGGUGUUUUUCUUGGAAUUUUGUUUGCCCACUAGUAGAGCUGAUAUGCUCUACCCUCCACUUUGAUGGGUGUGGACUGCAAUGAGUUUUUAACUCUUAAUGUUAUAUACACCCUUAUAUUAUAUUUCCACAUUUACUUGCAUUCUUUCUGAUUUUUCAUGCUGCUGAAUUGCAUUUUGACAAACAUCAUAGAUUCAGCAUUACUAGAUAAUCCUUUUUAGUCUCGCCCAUGGCUCUUUGGAUGGCAAUGUCAACUGGUCGUUCCGCCACUUUGGUCAAGACUGAAAUAUCUCAACAACUAUUUGAUGGAUUGCCAUGAAAUUGUGUACAGUUAUCCACAGUGCUCAAAGGAUAAAUCUUUGUUUAUCCACUGACUUUUCCUCUAGCACCACCAGCAGGUCAAACUUCUCACUUAUCCAGUGAAAUAUCUCAACAACUACAAGUUGGAUUGGCACUUUGUACAGAUAUUUGUGGGUUGGAGUGAAAUAUCCUAACAACCAUUGGAUAGAUUGCCAUGAAUUUUGGUACACAAACUCAUGUCCUCUUCAGGAUGAAUUGUAAAUAACUUGAUGAUUCCUUAACUUUUCAUCUCGCACCCAUCAUCAGGUCAAAAUUUUAACUGGUCCAAUACAUGGGUCUAUGACCAAAUACUUGCAAAAUAAAUGACAUUCCCAUCAGCCUCAUCUGUACUUUGUUUAGGGCUGAUUAGCAAAAGUUAGCAUGCUAACACGCAAAAUUAAGAUGGUGAACAUGGUAAAACAUUAUGCUUACAUAGCAUAAGCAUGUUAGCAUUGUCAUUUUUAGCAUUAAGCUGAAAACAUGCUGUUCCUAAACAUGGCUGUAGACUCUUACUAAUGUUUUUUCCUGUACUUUUCCAUUAUGGAGCCAAAAAGCAACUUCCCUUAAAGCUCUCCAGGCCCGUAAUCAUUAGACCUCAGUCACAGAUGGUCAGGCAGCCUGGGGCCACAUGGCUCCUGGUUGACUCUAUAUCACUUCCUUUAUCAGCAACUCCAUAUUGUGUUGUAUUUAGAUUCUGGCAGUUUCUGUCUUUUCCAUUUAGAGGAUGUGCAAAGAUUGCAUCUCUUGAGUUGUUUCUUCAUGUCCUGUUUAGCCAUCGCCUGCUGUGUUUGGGUUCCCUGCAGUCAUGCUUCUUUACUUCCUUUAGGAACCUAAACCAAAUGUUCAAAGGACAUUCUUGUUGUGUGAGUGGCAGGAUGACAAACCAGCCAACAGCCAACCAGUCCAACACAAACAAGGAGAAGGAGAAAGAAGAAAACCAGCGAGAUGACAACACAGACGAAGCGUAUAAAGAUGCGGGUCACUGCAGCCGCAACACCCACAGCCUGCUGCUGGGACUCACUGUCAUGGGCGUUGUUAUGGGAGCGGUGUUUGGGAUGGUGCUGCGGUACAUGAGGGUGACAGACGGCAGCGCCCUCACUAUGGUUUCCUUCCCUGGAGAAAUCCUCAUGAGGAUGCUGAAGAUGCUCAUCCUACCUCUAAUCAUUUCCAGCCUUAUCACAGGGCUGGCUGGUUUAGAUGCCCGCUCCAGUGGCAGGAUGGGUAGCAGAGCCAUGGUGUACUACAUGUCCACCACUGUAAUCGCUGCCAUCCUCGGGGUCAUCCUUGUGUUGGGGAUUCACCCGGGGAACCCCAAACUGAGAGGAGGCGGGGCGACAACAGUCCAGAAGAACCAGGAGGUCAGCAGUCUGGACGCCUUCCUCGACCUGAUCAGAAACCUCUUCCCUGAGAACCUGGUGCAGGCCUGCUUCCAACAGGUUCAAACGGUGCUGAAAAAGGUGCCGGUCGCAGCACCGAACCAAACCGAGCCCAUCUUAGUGAACAGAAAGAAACUGGAAUACAAAUGGGGCAUGAACGUUCUUGGCUUGAUUGGCUUCUUCAUCACCUUUGGAAUCUGCAUGGGCAGGAUGGGCGAACGGGGAAAAGUCAUGUGCGACUUCUUCAAUAUCCUUAACGAGAUUAUCAUGACGAUGGUCUCUAUGAUCAUGUGGUACUCUCCUGUAGGCAUUGCCUCUCUGAUUGCGGGGAAGAUCGCCGCCAUCGGAGACCUGGAGGUCGUUGCCAGGCAGCUGGGCAUGUACAUGGUGACUGUCAUAGUGGGCCUGGUGAUCCACGGCGGCUUGAUCCUACCCGCUAUAUUCUUCGGUAUCACCAGAAAAAGCCCCUUCGCUUUCUACUCCGGUAUCUUCCAGGCUUGGAUCACAGCUCUGGGUACUGCUAGCAGCGCAGGGACGUUGCCGGUCACCUUCCGCUGUUUGGAGGAGAAUCUGAAGCUCGAUAAACGCGUGACUCGCUUCGUGCUUCCUAUAGGUGCCACCAUUAACAUGGACGGCACGGCCCUGUAUGAAGCCGUGGCGGCCAUCUUUAUCGCCCAGAUGAACGGCAUCAGCCUGGACGGCGGACAGAUUGUCACUGUCAGUAUGACCGCCACUCUUGCCAGCGUGGGAGCUGCCAGUAUUCCCAGCGCUGGACUGGUGACCAUGCUGCUGAUCCUGACGGCUGUCGGCCUGCCCACCCAGGACAUCAGUCUGCUCAUCGCUGUCGACUGGCUGCUUGACAGAAUGCGUACCUCCAUCAAUGUGGUUGGAGACUCAUUCGGCGCCGGGAUCGUGGACCACUUGUCGAAGGCGGAGCUCGCCGAAAUCGACGCGGCAGAAAUGCAAAUUCUCCCAACGGAGGAGGAGCUCGAUUUCAUCCCUCCGCCCCCGAUCCUCACAGAGAUGGACCUGAUCGACCCUCUCAAACCGCCCGAGCUGCCGCCUCGUUCCCCUCGCCCACCCAAACAAAACCACCACAGCCACGUUCUCUCCCAGUCCCACUCCGCCACUUACUCACCGGCCCGCUCUGUCCGAUCUCCAUCACCACGUUCCAUCCGUUCUCCCUCUCCGCGCUCCGUUUGUUCCCACUCCCCCCGACCUUUCCGUACUCAUUCACCACGCCUCCUCCGCAGGACGGAGCCGGGCUACUGCGCCCUGCCCAGCCAUGAUAACCAGAUUUCCACACUGCCUCGCUGCUACAGAGAGAGGGACCGGGAACGGGAGCGGCUGAGGCGAGAGAGUGAAACGGAAGAGGAGGAGGAAAGAGAGAGGGUUCUGGGUGAAGUAAGCGACGGAGAGGAGAGCGAUGACACUGCUUACGAUCGGAGGCACACCAUCCCACCGAGCGACCUGCCAUGAUUGGAUUUUACCACGAAAAAGCUUUCACCAUCAAUUUGUUUCCGUUUUACGACAGCUUUCUCCACUUUAGACCAUCACUCCACUGUUUAGAAAGAUUCCAGUGGAGGUCCACAGUGGAUUUCUGGCUUAAAGGAUAAGGCUGGCGUUUUUCUAUAUUUUUCUUAUUGUCAACAAAUCUCAUAUACAGAGCCAAACCAACAAUGAAUACAAGAUUUAUGUUUAUCCAAAGCCUGAUCUUAUUCCUCGUAGACCUCUAUUAUUUCCCAAAAAACUAUUAAAAACACGUCAAUGAGCCAUACCAACGCACUGGGUGACA